UGGUUCACCGCCAGGGGGCGAAAUGGCGGAGUUCACCUUGGCUGACUGGCACGCGCUUUCAGUGUGAACAAGCUCGACGCUGAAUACAUGAACACAUGCCGACUUUCCAGAAAAUUCGACUGGAUUGACAACUUCUCAACAUGAAGAAAACGUUCACUGCUGACCAGAUAGCGAACUGGUUCACUUCGGGGACCACGUUUACAAAAAUCAACAUCACAGAAAAAGCGGCAGAGAAAAACGUGGAUGAGUCGGUGAAAGAGUCCAGGCCGUCAGACAUUCCUGUUGAGAACUGUCUGAAGAAACUGAACUUGAAUGGAGGCAGGUUCCAAAAACCAGAACCUGCAGGAAGUACUGCUGCUCCUCCACUCACCAGCUAUGAGUACCCCAGCUUACCCAUAACCAAACACAGGCAGCAGCUGAUUUCCUUCAUAGAGAACAACUCUGUAGUGAUUAUUCGAGGAGCCACAGGCAGCGGCAAGACCACUCAGCUGCCACAGUUCAUUUUGGACCACUACAAUGAGAAAAAUGCCCCAUGCAACAUUGUGGUCACCCAACCACGUAAAAUUGGGGCCACCAGUAUUGCUCGGUGGGUGGCUGCACAGCGGAAGUGCACUCUGGGUAGUCUGGUGGGAUAUCAGGUUGGAUUAGAGAAGAUGGCUACUGAGCACACCCGUCUGAUCUAUAUGACUACAGGAGUGCUGCUACAGAAGCUGGUUUCUGCCAAAUGCCUCACAGAGUACUCCCACAUCUUCAUAGAUGAGGUUCAUGAGCGCACUAAGGAGAUGGAUUUUCUCUUACUGGUUUUGAGAAAACUCCUUCAUUUCAACUCGCGUUUUGUCAAGAUCAUUCUCAUGUCAGCCACCUGUAACUGCAAACAGUUUGCUGAUUACUUUGCCACCCCGCUGCGUGGCACAAUGAACCCAGCCUAUGUGUUUGAAGUGGAGGGAGCACCGUAUGCCAUUGAGGAGUUUUAUCUGGAUGACCUUAACCACCUGUUUCCAUACAGGGCCUCAUCUCUUAACCCAGACGACCCUUCUAUCUCUUUUGAGAUGUACAAUCUUGCCAUCAGUCUCAUCCAGAGGUUUGACGAAUUGGAGGGCAAGGAGUCCAGAGACACUGAUCAACAAAGUGGCAUGACUUCACCAGAGAAAGGCAGCGUCCUGGUUUUCCUUCCUGGUAUAAACGAGAUAAGCUACAUGCACGAGGCCUUGGCCAAGCUCGGCCACAAAAGAUUGCAGGUGUAUCCUCUCCACUCUAGCGUGACUCUGGAGGAGCAGAAUGGUGUGUUUCUGCCCCCUGUACCUGGAUACCGGAAGAUCAUCAUUUCCACCAACAUUGCAGAGAGUUCAGUGACUGUCCCAGAUGUCAAAUAUGUGAUUGAUUUUUGCUUGGCGCGCCACCUGGUCUGUGACCCGGAUACAAAUCAUCAGUCUUUGCAUCUCACCUGGGCAUCAAAAACCAAUUGCAACCAGCGAAGAGGUCGAGCAGGACGAGUGUCUAAGGGCUACUGUUACCGUCUUAUCACCAAAGAUUUUUGGAAGCAAAACAUCCCAGACUACAUGAUACCUGACAUGCUGCUUGCCCCCUUGGCUGCUAUCGUGCUGAAAGUGAAGUUGCUGGACAUGGGAGAUCCCCGAUCCCUCCUCUCAUGUGCCCUUUCACCUCCUGACCUUGAUGACAUUGUGAGAACUGUGCUCCAGCUCAAAGAGAUGGGAGCACUGUCUGUGAAAAGUGGUGACACGACAGGGAAUGAAGAUGGAGAGCUGACUUUCUUGGGUCGGGUGCUGGCCCACUUGCCUGUGGACCUACACCUGGGAAAGAUGAUCGUCCUGGGCCACGUCUUUGGCUGUCUCGAAGAGUCCCUGAUCAUAGCUGCAUCGUGCUCUCUGAAGAGCUUCUUUGCUAUACCGUUCAUGCAGCAGCUCGCUGGCCACAGGAGCAAAUUGGCCUUCGCCCGUGGCACUAAAAGUGAUUCCAUAGCUUUUGUCAAUGCCUUCAAGGCAUGGCAGUCAUCCAAAGCGACGGGAAAACUGAGACACCCAAAGGACGAGCUGGACUGGGGAAAAGAGAACUUCAUUCAGAUCAAGCGGAUCAAGGAGGUUGCAGAUCUGUACGAGGACCUGAAGAAACGCGUGUCCCAGUUCAACAUGCAUGUGCCAGACGGCAGUCAGCGAUCAGACUACACCAGCGCAAACAGGCAAAAGUUCAUUCUUCAGGUAGUGAUUGCCGGCGCCUACUAUCCCAACUACUUCGCAUGGGGGGAAAUAGAUGAAGAAAUGUCCUGCAAAGAAUUCUAUGGCCUCAACCCCAGAACAACAGUGAUGUUGAGGAGCCUCCCUCCAUACAGUUUUCUGUACUACAAGCAGCUGCAGUCUCUGUUCCGCCUGUGUGGGCAGGUCAAAACCAUCGUCUUUGACAGCUCCAGAGCAUAUGUGGAGUUCUACGCGACAUCUCAAGACUCGGGCGUUCUGCCUGAGGUGUCUCUUGCCCUCCUGCUGGCCCAGCAGAAACCUCGCUUGGAGCUUUCUGUUCACCCCAUUGAGCUGAUCGAGAAAUGUCCAGGCACCAGAGGCUCAACUAACCUGAAAUAUGCAGGAGUGAAAGCAGACUUCCAGAACCAGACUGUCUGCCCAGGAGUGGGAUUCAGCACUACUGAUGCAGACAAGCUGCCCCCCAACCCCUUGUUUGUGGUCAGCAUCACAGAGGUGGUGGAGGUGGGACAUUUCUGGGGGUUCCAGGCAGAUGAAGCCAGCUCAGAGAAGCAGCGCCAUCUGACAGCUGAGAUAAACAGACGCACACUGGAUCCUCUAACGGUGUCACUCUACCCCAACCUGAGGUGUUUGGCUCCGUACUCCGAGAACAACGACCGGAGUCUGUACUAUCGUGCCAAGAUCCUGCACAUCCGUGGCAGUACAGUGGAGGUCUUCUUCUUGGACUAUGGCAACACAGAGGUGGUUGCCUGCAGCAGCCUCAGAGAGCUCCCAUCCGAUCUUCUGUCUCCGCCUUUCCUGGCUCGUGAGUUUAAGGUUUGUGGAAUGCGUCCUUCACCCCAGUCCAUUAUCCUGGGGAACCGGUGGAGUAGCCGAGCUCGUGAUUUUUUCCAAACGUUGGUGAAAGGCACGUCGCAUUUGGUGUCUCUGUACUCCAUCCUCCACAACGUCAUGCAUGUUAAGCUGCUCAUCAGCACCAACACAGCAAACACCAGCGUGGUAGACAUCCUGGUGAAGGAAGGACAUGCUGUGGAGGCCGAAGAGUGCUAUGCUUCAAAGCAAAGUCAUGAGGAGCUGAUGUCUCUGUACAAGGACAAGGAAGCAGGCACAUACGUCCCCCACAUUGUCACCGACUUCUGUAAGAAUCGCAACAAAGAGGCUCAGAACCUCAUCGAUGAUCUGCUCACUCACUUCUCCAAGAGCGGCCAACCUGUUUCCAGGACAAAGGUUCCCCUGAGUGGACCAAACAGUCCUCACGAGAUAAAGUUUCACAGCUUGAGCCAACACCCCACCACCUACAAGCCUGUGUUGAUAGACAAGUACAGCAUCAACUCGCAGGCUCUGAAUGAAAACCCCCACUACAAACAUCAAAGGAUGCUGGUGGCUGGGACUGUGUCAGUCAGCUCCACAGGUUCUCACAUUAUUCUGAGAGAUACCUCCCUCAUGCCAGACAUUCCUGGACUCCCUGCACUCCUUACCAUGCUCUUCACUCCAAUCAUGGAGUUACGCAUGAAUGAGGAGAGGACCUGCUACACUGGUGCCCUCUGUGGGCUCGGCUGGGACAGUCAGACGUGUGAAGCCAUCUUACCUGAACACGACAUUGAACUCACCUUUGACGUCAAGUUGGACGUCGAGGACGUCACUGAGGUAAAUGCUUUACGAGUGGCCGUCAACCGCCUGGUGUGUGAUGGGCCCUGUGGAACUCUGCAUCUGGGGCCGGACAGGAUCAGCCAGCUGCAGGACGACUGUCGAGAGCAUCUCAUUAGACUGUUCACCAAGUCGCCAGCAAGGCAAACAGUCGCUCCAGACUACUAUGAGAAAAGCGGGAAAUGGGACCAGGUGGAUCCCUCUGUGAAGAUGAAUAUGGAAGAGCCAGGAAGGAAAAAAAUGAGCAGUGUUCUCUACCAUCUUCAUCCCGUCACUCUCCUCAGUGCCUAAAAGAAUCAGGCUUGCGUUGAAUAUUCUCGAUGGACCACAUAACUGUGUGCAAUUUGAGAGUAGUUCACGCGUGUGUAAUAUGGAAACCUCUAUAGAGCAUUUAGUUGUUGUUCAGCUCAUUGUUUUGUUUCUAAACCUUAUUGUUUUCCAAUCUUUCCCGCAGCAGCAACUUUGUUCAGGAAAAUAGUUGCAAAUUUGUCUGAAGUGCUGAACUUGGAGGAUAGCAGGCUGGAGACAAAGAAAAGUGGGUUUAAAAUUAGGAUUUGCUCUCAGGGGUCACCUGCAGUUGGUAAACUGAAUCGUUUUGUAUAUUAUGUUGCAGUAAUAUGACGACCUCCAUGUCUCCAGACCAGACACCGUAACAAAUGUAAAAGGAUUUUAUACAAAUAUGAUCAUGUUUUAUUUUAUUUUUUUUUUAAGAAAAACCAACCCCCUCCAAAAAAAGUGAAUCUCAAAACAAAUCCUACAUUUUGUCGCUUUAAUAUUCCCGCCUAUAACAGAUUGUAUGUGUAUUUCAGUUGAAUUGAACCUGUGUCUUAUAUUUAAUAUUUUAUUGUUUUGUAUGUUCUUUGCAGCAAAGCUGCUCAAUGAUUCAUUCAUGCUGUACGGCUUGUUAUAGCAUAUAUAUAAUUGCCAUUAAAAAUGGUUGUUUGCA